AUGAACCGAAAAUUUAUUUUUGCAUUAAUUUUAAUGGUUGUGUUUUCCACAGCCAAUGCAACAACAGAAUUUAGACAAUGUAUGUAUGGUGUACUUGCAAAACCCUUACCCUCGGUUACAAUUAAUCCUGAUCCAGUCGACCCCGGAAAACUCGUGACUUUUAAUGUUUCUGGAACUAUACCUACAAAAAUCACGGAACAUACCGCAAUUCAAGCUUAUUAUUACGAUCUUAAAAAUGGUGAAUACAUAGACGACAAAUAUAUUGAAAGUAUUUGUACUGGAACUGGGUGUUCAAUUGAAGCUAAUGCUCCAUAUACUAAAAUAUUUAAGUUUCUGGCACCACCAAACUUACCUUCUCGAUAUUUAAUUGAAGUUAAUGUUAGAGAAAAAAGUGGCGGAGAAAUUCUAGCUUGCGCAUGUACAGUACAAUUUUAUCCACCUCGUUGA